GUUCUUUUCGAACCGAUCUCAGGAUGUUUCUCCUCUUCGUCUUUGCAGGUUCUUCUAAAUUCCAGCUUUAUCUGAAAACUUAAAAGCCCCAAAAGAUUUGAUUUUUCGCAGGAUUGCAUGUGCCCAUUAUUAAAUCAAGAAAAGAUCCGAUUUUUUUUUCCCGAAACGGGCACCUCAAAUUUCCGUCAAAGAUCAAACAUUUUGAAAUGGGUAUCUGUUAUUUCUCCAAACGGCUGAGUUUCUAAAGAUGGGUCUUUGAAAUUAUUGAAAAAAAAAGCAGUCUAUAAAAAGUGGCCAUUUGUCCGUGAAGAAAGAUUGGAUCUUUAGGAUCGUGCUGCAGAGAAGCUUGGAAGUUAGAAAACCCUUUUUUAUUUUGGGGUUCUUUUCUUAAAAAAAAAAUUCGUUUCUAAAGAAAAAAAAUGGCAACAAUUGAAAUGGAAAAUGUGGAGUGUGUAUCUUCAUCUGAUGGGGUAGAGGAUGAAGAUAUCCAGGCAGCUGUGUCUUCUAAUCCCAAUCAAUAUUCUUCAAAGCGCCUUAAUAUAAUUUCAUCUGGACCCACAAGUGUUCAUGAAUUGCUCGAAUGCCCUGUUUGCACUAAUUCUAUGUACCCACCUAUCCACCAGUGUCACAACGGGCACACUCUUUGCUCGACUUGCAAAACGAGAGUACACAACCGGUGCCCCACAUGCCGACAGGAGCUUGGGGAUAUCAGGUGUUUGGCCUUAGAGAAAGUUGCCGAGUCACUCGAGCUUCCGUGCAAGUUUUUCUCUUUGGGCUGCCCCGAAAUAUUUCCUUACUACGCCAAACUCAAACACGAAGCACUUUGCAAUUUCAGACCGUAUAGCUGCCCUUAUGCAGGCUCUGAAUGUGCUUUCACGGGAGAUAUACCUUUUGUCGUUUCGCACUUGAGGGACGAUCAUAAAGUGGACAUGCACAGCGGCUGCACUUUCAACCACCGAUAUGUAAAAUCGAACCCUCGUGAAGUAUUCCAUUGUUUUGGGCAGUAUUUUUGCCUACACUUCGAGGCCUUCCAGCUAGGAAUGGCUCCCGUUUAUAUGGCCUUUCUCCGAUUCAUGGGAGAUGAAAACGAGUCGCGUAACUACACAUACAGCUUGGAAGUUGGCGCAAACGGGAGAAAGCUUGUAUGGGAAGGCACCCCAAGAAGUAUACGGGACAGUCACCGUAAGGUCCGUGAUAGCCACGAUGGACUCAUCAUACAGAGGAAUAUGGCCCUCUUUUUCUCGGGUGGGGACAGAAAGGAGCUCAAGCUUAGGGUAACGGGUAGGAUUUGGAAAGAGCAGCAGGGCUCGGAUAAUGGGGCAUGCAUACCUAAUCUCUGUAGCUGAUGAUGAUGUGAGUCGAGCGUUUUUUCAUUCUUCUAACUUCUGUUGUGGUUUUCUUUUGUGUGUAUUUUGAGAGGCUACUUGAAAGAAUGAAAUGUGUUUGUUUCUGUUGUGAACUGAGAAUUGUGAUGUGGUUUAAGGUUUAACGCGUCGAACGGAUUAUAGCGACUUCGCGUUUCAAGCGACAAAAAAUAAGUGU